AUGUAUAGAUGUGAGACCUGCACUGCCUCCUUCGCAUAUGAAGACGAAUGGGAGAACCACAUGGUUAAUCACCAUCAUUGGCUUGAAUGCGAGACAUGCACCAGGAUAUUUCGCACUCGUGUCUCUUGCAAUCAGCACAUGAACGAUACACAUCAUUGGGCACCCCGUUUUGAGUGUGAAACUUGCAACAAGUCGUUCCGCUCUGCGAAUGCGGCGGCCCAGCACAUGGCAGAUGUCGGCCACUGGCAACCCAAGACCUGCUGCGAGACAUGCACGAAAAAAUUCCACAACCAGAAGGCUGUGAACCAGCAUAUGGAUGCAUUAGGUCAUUGGGCACCCAAGAUCGCAUGCGAUGUAUGCAAUCAAAAGUUCUAUACGCCUGCCGCCGCAAAUAAACAUAUGAAAGACAAGAAUCACUAUAGGAAUUAUUGCAGAGAUUGUGACCGGCGAUUCGAGAAUGAGAACAACCUUAAGAUGGCAACAUCUUCACUCAAAGACUCACCACGGCUCCAACGUCCUAUGUCCUUUCUUGGCCUCACCUGCCACCUAGAAACCGGUUCCUGUCCUAGAGUGCCGAGCUUGAACCGCGAAUCUAUCCUCCGCAUGAUUCGCGAUCGUGACCGGGAUGGUGCCAUCACCAACAAGCAGAUCGAGUGGUACAAGGAAGACAGUAUACAAUAUGCCGCCACCGGGAAUGCUUUCAACGGCUCCUAUUGGGAGUGUUACCUAUGCCACAAGGAGUUCAGCAAGAAGAACGCUCUGAAUCAGCAUCUCAACUCACCUGUGCACAAGCAGAAAGUUUAUCGCUGCCCAAAUGCAAAAACGGUGUGCGGGAAAGAGUUUAUCGCUCUAGCUGGAUUAUUCAGUCACCUAGAAAGCGAGUCAUGUGCGUACAUGAGAUUCGAAAAAGUCCAGCAGCAGGUGAGUGACGUGAUUCAGGGGCGGAGACUCAUCACAUCGAUUUAA